CCUCCAUUUCCGUCGUCGACCGGCGGAUAAAAGCUUGCAUGGGUUUUGACAGUUGCAGCAGAGCGGGCGGUUGCCAGGUCCGAACAAGGAGAACAAUGUAGCCCACUGAGAACACUAUAGUAGCUGGGCACGCGUAUGCCUCGAGACUCGUGCAACAAACGCGGUACGCGUCUCAUAGUGAUUGGAACGGCCAAAGCUCUCUUCGAGACGUAUAAAGAGCGAUAUGCCGUCAUUGCUCGACGACUGUCGCACUGUCCCCUUGAUUUUACUUCGCUAUGGCCACUAACUCGGAUCCUGGCCUCAUCAGCGUACAUACGCCACCGCACUGGACGAAAGACUUGGUCAGGAACCUCGAAUGGGGAGCGAGCAUCGACAAUUUAGAUCUGCUAAGCAAGUUAGAAUCCAUCGCUCCGGAAUACGCCAUCCCAACAGUCUUGGAAGACCGCAUCGUACCCAUAUCCGUGGGACAUCCCUGCAGAGUCCGCGUUCGAUACUUCACCGAGAGCCAGCUCAGGUGCAACUGGCGCAUCGUCAUGCCGGGACACAUCGACCCCUACCCUAGCUUCCUCAGGGGGUUCAGCGAGUGGAUGGACGCCACUGUAGAGCGGGUGCUUCUCUCGACGACUGUGGUUAGUGCUGCGAUUAAGGACAGAGUGCCAGCAUUUGUGAGGACUUACGAGCAGAACGGAGCCUUGCUGCGGACGUACGUCGUGCUCGCCAAGCGGAUCACAGAUGGACAGCCCGUGAGGCUGCAGGUUGUCCCGUGGGUGGGCGAGUUCAUGGUUGAGGGUAUGAUCAUACCUCUCCCCGAUGCGACCUACGAGCAGCGAAGUGAACGUAUGACGUCGAUGUAUAUCGGCCUUCCGGUUAUCGCGGAGCCUGAAGACGCAUAUCCCGGGAGCAAAUGGUACACCUUCUGGUAUCGGGCGCGGUUAGACGGCUACAACACCCACCAAGGUCGCAAGUCUUUCAAGCUGACAGUCGCCGAGGGGCCUUACAAUAGCACGGCGCGCUAUUGGCUCUAUAGCUGA